AUGUGGGUUGCUUUGACCGGCUUGGCAGCCUUCUUUGCUGGCCGACACGUCAGCAACCAGCUCCUGCUCACCAAGACCCUCACACCAUCAUCAACCUCAUCGCCAGCUCAUUCCCAGCAGCAGCCGCAGCCUCCCAAGAUCCAUCUCAAAACCGACCCCAACACCCUCUAUGGCACCCAGAAUCACCCAUCAGUCCCUCCAAAGACUUCGAUCCCCACACCAGCCAACCAUACCAAACGCAACUGGGCUGCAGCCGAUUUCGACCAAGGCGGCGUCGGCAAAUUCCAUCUCCCAUCCGCAAACCCCUCCAGCAGCAGCAGCCGAAACCAAACUAGUACCCCCCUGCAGGCCGACCCCGACCAACCAGAUCCGACGAUCUGCUCAUCCCUACGCGAUCUCUUCCGCCACAUCUCUGCUCAGCCUAAUUCGGUCGGCGCGGUAGCACCCCAGGCGUUCAUCACGACGCUCAAGCGCUACAACGAGCUCUUUCGGUCGACGAUGCACCAGGAUGCACACGAGUUCCUCAACUAUCUCGUCAACUCGGUCGCCGAAGAUGUGUUUGCAGAACAGGAGAAGAAACGCCAGGAGGACGAACGCUCAUCCUUACUCGAACCCACACCGCGUCCUGACUAA